AUUACAAGGAAUGAUGGCCACUGCAGGGGGAGAUGACCUGCGUCGAGACACUCGAUACCGACCUGUCACCGGUCGUCCACUCGACCCCCUGUGAUGACUAGUUCAGCGCAACCUGAGCACACACGGACAGUGCUGCCAAGCACGAAGCGACAGUUCUCUGCUUUGCUUUUCCUGAUGUAUUGUCUGUCACAGUCACAUCUCGCUGUGCUGUCGCGCUUCCGACUUCUCAUCUUUGCCGCCUCCACCCAGCAUUCGACACAAAGACACUGAGGAAGCCUCUGGAUGCAGAAACAUCUAUCCACCUCCUGAC